AUGGAAACAGAGAAAACGACAAAAGAACAGCCUUAUCCUGAUGAUUAUUUGAAGGUCACUGGUUUUGUUCCACCAGAUUUCCGCUAUGGUCAGCAAGCAUAUUUAAUCGAAGGAGCAAAGAUCUUUAUAUCUUAUAGCAACAAUUUUCAGAUGCGUUUGGGAAGUCAUCUUGGACAAGCUGUCAAUCAUCUACUUCGUAUUCGACAAAGAAAAGCCGAAUUAAUUGCUUAUAGAAGACCUAAAAGAUUAAUUGAUGCACUGAUAAAAUCUGAAGUAUACAGAGAAAUAACUGAGCCGGCGACAAGAUUUAAGGAACUUAUAGCUAGAAGGUUACCUCAAAAUUUUGUAUUGGACGGAGAGCCGUUCGGGGACCCUAUCUACAAUAACGCUCUUGAAAUUCUUCGCCCUGUCCUUACCAGUUAUCCCGUUGACUACCGAUUUCGUGGGAAUAGCAUUUGUUACGAUUCCAAAGCAGGACCAGUUGAACAUAUGCGGACUUUUUACGAACUGGCUUUAUCAUUUAUUGAUAUAGAAUUACCUGUGUUAAAUUGCUUCCCAUUACGCCGUUCUUGGAUUCCUUGCUACACAACCAUCGAUUCAAAAAAAAUUUGUCAAAAUAAUCUUGGUCGUCGGUGA